UCAGUGCUGUUCUGGAUGUAUCACUGUCUUGAAAGGGCUUCAAACUUCAAUUGUUAGUGAACAACUCGGAUGACAUUGUAACUAACUCUUUAAACUGACUAGUGUCUCUUAUCUUUUUUUUUUUGAAGGAAUCAAAUUUGAGAUGGCUGCGCCAAAACCGACGCCAAGGUUUAUCAGUAAAGAACGAGGGAAAAUCACUGCUUUGCCAUUGUACUGUGACGGAUUUGUACUGAAAAAGCAUACAGGAGAAAAGGAUUUUAAGAGAUAUUUUGCAGAACUCAGAGGGUCCACCAUUUUCCUGUAUUCAGAUGAGGAAAAUGCCACGUAUUCUGAAAAGCUUGAGUUACAGAACUUGAAGUCACUGGAUACUGGGAGUCUGAAAAGAAAGUAUAUCUCGGCAGAUUUCACUCUAACACUGCUGAACGAAGAAGUUCGACUCAAGAUUGAAAAUCCUGAUGCUGGAGAGGAAUGGAAAGGGUUUAUUCUUACAGUGGCUAAGCUGGAAAUUCCUAGCAAGCUUCAGCUGCUUCCUGGACAACUGUUAAGACUGAAGGAAGUGUUGAAAGAAGAAAAGGAACGACAAGCAAGACAGCCUGUGCCUGUAAAUGAGCAAGAACCACCUGAGGCUUAUGAUGAUGUAAUAACAAAUGUUCCGCAGUGUUUCUAUGCCGUAUCUCGAAACAAAGCCAUAGAAAUGCUGGCGGAAUCCCCCGAGUUUGGAAACAUGAUCUUAAGACCUGGCAGUGAAAAGAUGAAUUUCGCAGUGACAGUCAGGCAGCUGCUCACAGAUGGACCAACUAUAAAGCAUUACAAAGUGAUGAGUGUAGAGAACGGCUUUUCCAUUGCGCUUGAUACUCCUGUCACUGUUUGCAGCCUCUGCGAUGUUGCAGGUCAUUUUGUAAAAGAGUCUAACGGAUGUCUCAGACCUUACAUCCAGCCACACACUUAUGCCACCAUAAUUGACCAGCCAGCUGUGCUCAGUGGAGGAAAAGAUCAGCAGAAGAGGCAAAUCCCCCAGGCAGUAGUUUCUCCAAUGAUCCAAACCCCAACUCCUCCAACUCAAAGCUCUGCGAAUGAAUAUCUUGAAGUUGACUACAUCAAUGGAGAUGAUGAUCAUCCGCCAAUCCGGAAUGUUCCAGUGCCAGACUCUGGGUUUUCAGAGGAGCUUUUAAAGGCAUUAAAGAAAAGGAGAGCGACUAUUAACAAUUAAUUUGAUCUGGAUGUAUCAAAUCUGUUUGACCGAAACCCACCCAUCACUUAGAUGUGUCAUGGAGCACUUUUUACAAUAUGAACUUCUGAGAGAUUGAAGUCUACUGGGAUACACGAAAUGAUUAAAUGGUCAUAACCCUUGCUAAUCUUUAAUUGCCAUGCAGUGUUUAAGCAAAACUGGCCUGGACAAUUUGAAGAACUGUACCAAUACGCACCUCUAAUCUAUUGCAGUAUUGGUAAUUUAUAUUAUAUAUUUUUUCAGUUUGCAGAUAAUAUAGUAAAUAAUAUCCACUUACAUGUUGUGUUUUAUGAUUAGGCUUGCUACUUUUCAAUAUUAAAUCUGUUAAGCUCGUUAAACAUCGAAUUCCCCAAAAAUAUGAGUUCGACUGAAAUCAAUUUAUAUACGAUAAACGUCGGUAAAACCACUCGCCGUUUUUUAUUUUCUUACCAAAAAUAAUCAUUUAUAAUCCUCUCUAGUUUGUGGAGUUUUUAUGCUUGCUAUCUGUCCCGUCUCCAUUCCGCUAUGAAUGGCUGGGUGUUGCUGUCAGUCAUCUCAGU